AUGCCAUUUCUCCUGUGGUGUGCUAACAGCUUCUCCUGGGUGCUGUCAAGGCACAUCAGAGUGCAUCACUUUGGCAAAGGAAAUUCAUUCAUGACAUUUUUCCAGGCUCUCUGGUGGCUGCUCUUUGGAAUAAUCCUACUUUGUCCCCCAGCACAUUGCUCUGUCUUUAAAAUUGGGCUGCUUGGACCCUGGAACUGUGACCCCUUCUUUUCCAAAGCCUUUCCCCAUGUGGCUGCCAGGUUGGCUGUGGGACGAAUAAGCAGAGACCCUUCACUAGAUCUUGGCCACCGGCUGGAUUACGUGAUCCUGCAAGAAGAAUGUGAGACACCAAGAGCUCUGAUUAGAUUUGUUGACUUUGGAAAGCUUUCCUCAGCUUUUAUAGGCCCUCUGAACCCUGGCUUCUGUGAGGUGGCUGCACAUUUGGGGGCAAACUGGAAUAAAGCUAUCUUCUCAUGGAUGUGCAUCAAUUACAAGCUGGAUUCCACCACCCGCCAUAAUGCAUUUGCAAGGACCCUGCCCUCUCCAAUCCAAAUUUUGCUCACAAUAAUGAAAUAUUUUAAGUGGGCUCAUGUUGGCAUCAUUGCAUCAAGUGAGGACAUUUGGAUGUACACAGCCAGGGAGUCAGCAACUGUGCUCAGGAACCAUGGGCUACCUGUAGGCAUUGUUACAUCCGUGCAUAAGGGAGAGAAAGGCAUUGAGGACACUUGGAACAAGAUUAAAGGAGUUAAUAAUAUUAAAAUUAUACUCCUGUGCAUGCAUUCUGUUCUUGUUGGAGGGCAGGAACAGGCUGCCCUACUCACAAAAGCUCUGGAAAUGGGACUAGCAGAUGGAAGAUACAUCUUUAUUCCAUAUGACACUUUGCUGUACAGUCUCCCUUACCAAAACAACUCAUUCAGUGUCUUUGAUAACAACAGCAAGCUCCAGGAAGCUUAUGAUGCUGUGCUGACCAUCACACUGGAGUCUGGAGAAAGGACUUUCUAUGAUGCAUUCAGGGAAGCUAAAGAAAGUGGUGAAAUAAUCGGAGAUUUGGAAGCCACACAGGUUUCUCCACUCUUUGGAACAAUCUAUGAUGCCAUUUACUUCAUGGCGAUGGCUAUGGACAGUGCACGGAGGAAAGGAGUCAGAGCCUCAGGAGCCAACAUAGCUGAGCACACAAAAAACUUCAGCUUCUCUGGAUUUAGUCACCAGGUAGAGACAGACAGCUCUGGGAAGAGGCUGGACAACUAUGUGAUACUGGACACAGAUGGUCGUGGGAACCAGCUGCUCCCAACCCACCUGCUGGACAUGUCUUCAGGCUCUGUGCUGUCCCUGGGCCAGGCCAUCCACUUUCCCAAUGAAAUUCCACCCAAACCAGACUCCAGCUGUUGGUUUGACCCAGAUGUUCUUUGCACUGAAGGGAUUGAGCCUGCAGUCAUUUUGUUGGGAAUAAUGCUGUUGUUCGCCCUGCUGUUGUGUGCUGUGGGCCUGGCUUCCCUCAUCAGGCAGAGUAUCUUGAACAACCAGCUUUUCAGGGGUCCAAACAAGAUAAUACUGACCUUGGAUGACCUCGUCUUCAUCAACCCAGAGCUACAUAGAAAGAGACUGACCUUGGACAGUCUGACUGAUGCAAACAGCAUAGCAGUCAAGAGCAGAAGCUCUGCUUCCUUGAAAAGCGCAGUUGCCACCCAUGAAACCUCCAAUGUGGCUUUGUAUGAGGGAGACCGGGUGUGGCUGAAAAAAUUUGAGAUGGGAGCAGUUCACAAUGUGAGGCAAAGCUCCACCAGCAUCCUAAGGAAGAUGAAAGACCUGCAUCAUGAAAAUGUGAAUCUGUUCCUGGGCUUCUUCUCUGACUGUGGCAUCUUUGCCAUAGUGACGGAGUACUGCUCACGAGGCAGCCUGGAGGACUUGCUGCGAAACGAGGAUAUGAAACUGGACUGGAUGUUCAAGUCCUCCCUUGUGAUGGAUCUAAUUAAAGGGAUCAGAUAUUUGCAUCACCGAGAUUUUGCCCAUGGACGUCUCAAGUCUCGUAACUGUGUUGUGGAUGGCCGGUUUGUCCUGAAGAUCACUGACUAUGGUUACAACGAGAUCUUAGAGGCACAGAAAUGCCCCUAUAUUCAGCCAUCCCCAGAAGAAUUGCUCUGGACAGCUCCUGAGUUACUGAGGGACCCAGACAUGUGCAGAAAAGGCACAAUCAAAGGGGACAUUUACAGCUUUGCAAUCAUCCUACAAGAAGUGAUUGCUCGGGGUCCACCUUACUGCACAUCAGAGCUCUCAGCUGAAGAAAUUAUAAAGAAAGUGAAGAAGCCCCCACCCCUGUGCCGCCCAAACGUAGCUCCUGAAGUAGCCCCCCUGACGUGCAUGCAGAUAAUGAAGCAAUGCUGGGCUGAAGCCCCUGAACGACGUCCAUCCUUUGAGGAGGUGUUUCAUAAGUUCAAAACCAUCAACAAAGGGAAAAAGACCAAUAUCAUUGACUCAAUGCUCAGGAUGCUUGAGCAGUACUCAAGCAACCUGGAAGAUUUAAUCAGCAAGCGGACUGAAGAGCUAGAGGUUGAAAAACAGAAGACAGAAAAACUACUGUCACAAAUGCUUCCACCUUCAGUGGCAGAAGCCCUCAAGACUGGUGGCACUGUGGAGCCGGAGUAUUUUGACCAGGUGACCAUCUACUUCAAUGACAUUGUGGGCUUCACAUCCAUUUCGGCCCUCAGUGAGCCCAUUGAAGUAGUUGACCUCCUGAAUGACCUUUACUCUCUGUUCGAUGCCGUUCUUGGAAACCACGAUGUUUACAAGGUGGAGACAAUUGGUGAUGCCUACAUGGUUGCUUCAGGGCUCCCAAAGCGGAAUGGAAACAAGCACGCAGCUGAGAUAGCCAACAUGUCCUUGGACAUCCUUAGCUCUGUGGGGACAUUCAAAAUGAGGCACAUGCCAGACAUUCCCCUCAGGAUACGGAUUGGGCUGCACACAGGGCCUUGCGUGGCCGGCGUGGUGGGGCUGACCAUGCCCCGGUACUGCCUCUUCGGAGACACGGUCAACACGGCCUCCAGGAUGGAGUCCACGGGCCUGCCUUACAGAAUUCAUGUCAGCCAAAGUACAGUGGAUACGCUUCGGAGUCUGAAUGAAGGCUAUGAAAUCAUACCCAGGGGAAAAACUGAACUGAGGGGUAAAGGAGUAGAAGAAACAUAUUGGCUGGUUGGGAAAAAAGGCUUCCAGAAGCCCUUACCUAAACCUCCUGAAAUAAGGCCAGGCCACAACUGGCCAGAUGUAUUGACCAGGAAAUUAAAAUCUGUCCUGAGGAACACAAAGAAGACACUAGGAAAAGCAAACUUUAAAGAGCUGGGAAGCAUAAAGGAGUCUGGAAUAAGUUUUGAAGAGGAUGAAAUCUGA